AUGAGAAAAAUGGAAGAACAAAAACGUUUACGAGAAAAAAUUGCCCAAGAAAAGGCAGAGAAAAGAAAAAUUUUUCAAACAGUUUGUAGCGGCCAAACCAUCAGUAGUCAACAUUCAUCUGGUAAUAUCAAUAGUAAAAAUCUAGAGCAAUCAACAAUUAAUCCACAAAUCAUGCAAAUUAAAAAUGUAUCACCAAUAAAAACGCCUACGCCAAUAGCUAAAACAUCAUCUUUAGAUAAAACAGCUACGUCGAAGACAACAGCACAGAAAAUAAAACCAUCAACAUCGAUACAAAUAUCCGGUCUAGCCAUUGAUGUUCGUGAAAGUUUACUAAGAAAAAUAACACGACCAUUUGGAAUGGUUGAAUCGAUCGUAUUCAUUGAACAACAACAACAACAAAAUCAUCAUGAAUCAAAAUGUGCUAUUGUAAAAUUUAAACAAUCAAAUGAUGCGAAAAAAUUUAUGGAUAACUGUCAUACGGAUCCUACCAUAUUGACACAGACAUUAAUGUCGGACAAAUUACCAACAUUAUCAUUCAUUAAUAAUAAUUGGUUUGUUUUUAAUUUCUUCUUUCUCUUUUAAAAAUUAUAAUAUCCUGACAACACUAUAUAUAUAUAUACUCUAUAAUUUCAAACCAGAACAAAUUCCUAUAAUGAAACGAAAAUUGAACCUUAAUGACAAUCAAAAGUAUGUGUGUGUGUGUAGAUUCAAUUCUACAAAUCAUCAUCAACACAUUAGUUAUAUCAUAUACAUUACAAUCUCGUGAUGAAUAAUGUGAUCAGUAAAAUUUUUUUGUUUUCAAUUUCCUAAAGGCUAUAUAAUAGAGCUCAAUAUAUAUUUUGUAUAAUUAUAAAUUCAAAUUAAUUAUUUUGACCACCGGCAAGCAAAAGUAUAGGACUUGCUAAAAAUAACUUUAAAAAAAAAUUCAUCUUCCGUUAUUUUUUUUCAACAAAGUUUCUUAUAUAUUUGAAUCAUAGGCAAAUUUUGUUUUUUUUGUUAACUCGAUCCAUAAUGAUGAUCACUUAUUCCUAGUUUUCAUGUUUGAUCCGUUUUUUUUUUUGUUACAUUCAAGUAUGUGUGAGUGUGUGUGUGUGUGUGUGUACCUGGUGAUGUUUUAGUGAUCACCAAAAUCAAACAUUGAUUUAGUGUGCCUGUGAUGUUGUU